AUGGGCAUCCGCGGCUGUGAAAGAGCCGCUGCAGCCGCUGCACGUGUGCCUCCGUGGCCUCUCCGCCCGUUUCUGGUGGGCGAUUUCUUGCCUCCUCAAGUGCGCGGGAGCCCCGGAGAGGUGGCGGAGACACAAAAAGGACUGCCCGGAACCUUCGCGUGGGGGGGGGGAGACGCCGUUCCCGCCCGGGGAGGGAAGCCACAAGCCCCGCCCCCGCCCGCCGCCCACUUCCGCUUCCGGCGCCGAGGAGCCCGCGUGUGGCGCGGCGGCGUCUUCAUGGGGAAGCGGCGGCGCUUCCUGGCGGCGGCGGCGGCGCUGCGGGUGGGGUCGGCGUGCCCGGCCCAGGCCCGCUUCCUCCGAUGGACUCUCAGCAACAUAGAAGGCAAAAAUGAAAACAAUGCAGGCCAGGUGUGCCCUUACUGUUUCCAGUUUCUUCUUCCUGGUAACCACAGGGUACGUCUCAAGCCCAAAAUGAGAAUAACGCCACAGAUACAGAAAUUACUUCAUCUAGAAGCAAAGAAAUACAAACUCAGUUUCAAACAAGGAAAGGUGGUGAAGAGGUACAAAGAAUCAAAAAAUGUUCUGCUAAUCACCUGCAAUACGUGCAGGAAGACAACAAGACAUUAUGGAAAAAGUAGAGAAUGUUGGAGUAUGAAAACAUCAAGCUUUGAGACUCCUACACGUUUGAAUAAAACCACGCCUUUCACCUACAGUCGUUCAGGAUCUCAGAGAAAGAAACUGUCACCAGGUUCCAGAACUUCUACUCCUGGGCAUUCAACCCCUCAUUUCUCCUCUGGGAGUCCCAGAAAUUCCAAAUCUAAAUUCACACGAUUGAAGAAACUGCUUAGCCUUGAAGUGCAUAAAAAAACUGAUAAAGGGGACCUCAAGAACUUCUUAUCAUCACUUUGAAAUCU